AUGAAAAUAGAAAAAAUUAAACAAAUAUGUCUAGGAUAAUAUAAGAGGGAAUAAAAUCAUUAUAAAUAUGAAAGAAAAGUCAGAGAAAAGAUUUUUUAAAUGGAUUAAAUGAGAGUGAGAGCUUAAGAUUUUUGCUAUUCUUCCCCUUAAAGACUUAGGGACUCUAUCCAAUCUACAUAAGUUUAACUAGACAAUGGCCUUUUUGUUCAUUCUACAUGCUUAAAAAAUGGAGGAUGAU